AAUCGACAGCAGCAAAAGACUUACUGCGCACUCGACUUGUCGUUUCUCGGGCCGCACGCAGUUUCCAGCGCAUUCGGUCCACGAGUGGCGAGCACAUCACGACAAGAACGGAGCGCACUACAGGUCUGCGGCGACUGAGACCCUAAUCUUUCAGGCGACCCAAUUCCAGACGGCGCCUUCUGGUAGCACCGACGAGGAAGAGGAGGACGAGCAGGGGAUGGAGGAAGCGGAGGAGGAGAAUGAAGAGGAGGAGGGGCGUCAGGGAGACGAGGAGCAGAAGCAUGAAGAUGAGGACGAAGAUGAAGAAAUCGACCAGCUGCGCAGUCAGAGCAGUCCCAGCAAAAGCCAAGAGAAAGCGCGGACGAUCACAGAGCCGGGGCAGAUUCGCAACAAUGUAAUCGAAAAGCAGCAGGCAACGUCGUCCUCUCUAGCGGCUGCCGAAGACGAGGCGCUGGUGUCUGAGCAGCUGGGUCCUGUUGUUGAGAUUUCCUCUACAUCACUGCUUCACUCAGAUCGGGAUCCUGAAUCGCAGCUGCAGGACUACGAAGCCGGAUCUAGGGUACCCGAUACAUCGCAGCGAGCUGUGCACCAUCGAGCCAAAGCAUCGAUGCGAGACGAAGCCUCGGCCGAGAAUCAGGUCCCGAAUUUCUUGGCUGGGAUAACCUCCCCUACACCUACCCAGGGCAAGACGAACAUGUUGCCGACCAGCUCACCACAAGUAGCCGUGAUGAUGCCGGCUAUCACGGCUACACCCAAGGAGCUAUCUGGCCGGACGUACGCUAGCAUUGCGGUCGGUCCUAGCCAGCCCCUGCGCCUGGAGGAUAGCGAUGAGAUCGCCGCUCGUGCCGCUAGGGUGCCAAGACGGAGCGUACCAGCUGUACUAGUGGAGGCGCAGACGGCGUCUACUUCGCGAGCACCUCGACAGCCUCGACAUACGACGGCGACAGGUGCGCAGGAAGCGAAAGCAGGAUCUUCCGUGUUGCCUAGGCGCGCCGCGAUGCGUGACGAUGGCCUUUUGGUGCAUACGCCGAUUCAGGAGGAGCAAAGAGCGCCACACACCGCUGCUUUGAUCAAGAAGAGAAAGUUGGCCCGGACAGAAGAAGAUGAUGGCGGUCGCGAGGGCGCCAUUAGCCCAGAGAAGAGGCAAGAGGUGGAAGAGUGGAGGGAGAGAUCAUCUGCGGAGCUUUCGCGAUCCGCAUCGGAAGAGUCUCCAAGAGCGGAAAGACGCGCGAAGCGCAGAAGAGGUCCGGAGGAGGAGAAGGAGGAGGCGGAAGCUCGAGCAGAAUUCAUGAGGGAGGUGCAAGCGUUCAAGAAGGAUUACGCCUUCGAGAUGAUUGCGCAGGUCAUGCCUGUCUUGGGCGACGAGUGCGAUGUGAACAAGGCGCGGGGCAGGAUGGAGAGAAGGAUUGCGAGAUGGAGCAACGAGUAUGGGAUUGGCAGGAGAGACAUUUUGAUCCUGAUCAAGCAGGCAAAGGGUAACUUGCGGCUGGCCGAGGAGCUGAUGGCGCAGUGAUGCGGUCCGUCGAUGUUUUCGCUCAGUAACGCCCAAGUGGUAGCGGGCUGGCACAUGGAAAUGAAGGCGAUGCUUACUCUCGCACCGCGUCGACUAGAACUCU